CGUCUGUAUUGUAGCACAGGGUAACAGUCUCGCAACGUCGCUCGCUGGAGCUUCUCCAAUUUUAGGGUCUCUUCGGAGGAGGAUCUUGUGGUAGUACACUUCGUGGGCUGCUGCAUCAAGCGCUGUGCAUUACGAUGAGCAUUACGAUGAGAGCAUUAUUUCACCAUGGUGGAGUUAGUUAGUACGGGAGCGUGACUUGCAAAUAGGCUCACCACAUUGUUGAUAUUUGUCGUGAGGAAAAUCAAGGUGCCUGUUGCGUUUUUUGGUGGACUGGACGGUUGAGUUUCGUGCUGCUUGUUUGUAUUCGGAAGUGGACAUGGCGACAGCCGUGGCUCCCAAGGCGCACCCGACUUGCAUAAACUCAGGGAAUCCGUUUCAUGAGUGCAGCGAGUACUGCUAUCGGAGGAUCGCAGAAGGGCGCACAUCUAACAGUGCUGUUGCUGCAGCUGAUGUGAAACUGUCAGAUGCGGAACUACCUACAUCAUUUGGAAAGGAAGCUGAACCUAGGAUAAUUCUUAGAGGUCGACAUUCAGGGAAUGACGCGGCCAACGUUGAGUCGGAGGUCUCAGAACAGAAUACUACCGUUGUAGUCAAUGAACCAGAGGAUUCAGGAAUUGACCCGGCAGCCUAUGCCGCUAUGACUCCCACCCAAAAAAAGCUAUUUGACUUGCGUUUGAAGCUGAACCAGGCACGGAAAGAUAAUCAGCUUGCGAUAAUAGCCGAGAAGAAACGUGAGGAUGCCCCCGAAGAGACUAGAGGUGUUUCUAAGCAGAAGUGGUUUGAGGAGAAGAAGAGAAAGGUAGGAAAGCAACUAGAAGCUAAUGGUCUCGAUAUGUCCAAGGCUUACAUGCUGGACACUCAGGAAGAUGCAGAGGGCAAGUACAAGAAGUGGGAAAAGAAACCUGCACCAUUUGGAUGGGACGUGUUCAAUCAAAAAUCCUUGUACAAUGGGUAUAAAAAACGGACGAAAAAUAUCGUAGUGAAUCCUGAGGAAUACGCGAAAGCACGUGAAGCAGAUCCCGACUUUUACCGUGAUGGGGCUAGUCUUCAGUAUGGAAAGCAAGUUGAGGUACCGGAAGAGAACAUUGAUAGGAUGGUGAAAGAACUGGAUGAAAGAGGGAAAGCUCGGAAGGAGUUCAGUCGGCGUCGUAAAUUUCAUGAUGAACGGGAUAUCGACUCUAUUAAUGAUCGGAAUGAGCAUUUCAAUCGCAAGAUCGAAAGAGCAUUUGGAAAAUACACUGUGGAAAUUAAGAACAACCUGGAGCGUGGGACUGCUCUACCUGACUGACCAAUCAACGUUUAGCCUCUACUAUAUGAUGGGCUUAUGCCGAAUCGUUUGGUUUCGGUUUUUCAAUGUGGAACAUGAUCAGUCAUGCUCAACAUUCUUGUAUCAUGUUCGGCGGUUCUGCCUGUUUACAUUAAAUUCAGAUUUUCACACUCGUGCAUUGGAA